UAUUCUAGAUCUAGAUUCUAGUCUAUUUGUACCUUAAAAUAUUCCUGUAAUAUUUACUCAAUAUCUCUAUCUGAAAAAAGGCUAUAUCUUUUUUUUUUUUUUAACAUAAAGAUUCUAGAUCUAGAAUCUAGAUAUAAUAUUUUAAUAGCGAUAAAAUUUAACAAUAAAUUAGUCUCGCAGUAAACGAUAAUCAAAACUACACAAGUAACGUUGACGUCAAACUCAACAGUCCCUAAUGAUGAGUGAGCGAGUCUUCUUAUUACUGAACUUCAUCUGAGUCAUUUCUAAUUGAUUUUCUGGUUUACUUUUUUUUUUUAAAUAGAUCUACAGAUCAUAUUUUUUAUCUAUCAUCUCAUGUCCAUAGUUGUCCACCAUAUCCAAGCCAACCAAUAACCUGAUGGAUAUUUAAUUUACUGUGUAUACAUUAUUUAUUUGUUUGCUGUGAGAUCAGUCAGCAAUCAUGAGCAAACACUCAAAUCUUUUUUAUACUGUGGAAGUUGGAGAUUCUACUUUCACAAUUCUCAAACGUUAUCAGCACCUGAGACCUAUAGGAUCUGGAGCACAAGGGAUUGUGUGCGCUGCCUGUGAUACACUGACAGAUACUAAUGUUGCUAUCAAGAAACUGAGUAGACCAUUUCAGAAUGUCACUCAUGCAAAAAGAGCUUAUAGAGAAUUUGUCCUAAUGAAACUUGUAAAUCAUAAAAAUAUCAUUGGAUUGCUCAAUGCAUUCACCCCUCAGAAAUCCCUAGAGAGUUUUCAAGAUGUUUAUUUAGUGAUGGAGUUGAUGGAUGCUAAUUUGUGCCAGGUGAUACAAAUGGACUUGGAUCAUGAGCGUAUGUCUUAUUUAUUAUACCAAAUGUUGUGUGGCAUAAAGCAUUUGCACUCAGCUGGGAUCAUCCAUAGGGAUCUGAAGCCAAGUAACAUUGUGGUCAAAUCUGACUGCACUCUAAAGAUAUUAGACUUUGGGUUGGCCAGGACAGCUGGCACUGGGUUCAUGAUGACACCCUAUGUUGUCACACGAUAUUACAGGGCUCCUGAGGUUAUACUAGGAAUGGGAUAUAAAGCGAAUGUUGAUAUUUGGUCAGUAGGAUGCAUCAUGGCUGAGCUUAUACGUGCUACAGUUAUGUUUCCAGGCACUGAUCAUAUUGACCAGUGGAACAAAAUCAUUGAGCAGCUUGGUACUCCAAGUCAAGAGUUUAUGGCUCGACUUCAAACAACAGUCAGAAAUUAUGUAGAAAACCGACCUAGGCAUACAGGGUUUAAUUUUGAAAAGUUGUUCCCUGAUGUUCUCUUCCCUCCUGACAGUGCAGAACACCCAGGUUUGCGAGCUACAGUAGCAAGAGACUUGUUAUCUAAGAUGUUAGUCAUUGAUCCUGACAAGAGAAUUUCAGUGGAUGAGGCCCUUAAUCAUCCAUACAUUAAUGUAUGGUAUGAUGAAAGGGAAGUCAAUGGACCAUCACCAGGUCCUUAUGACCAUGCAGUGGAUGAAAGAGAACAUACAGUUGAAGAGUGGAAAACACUAAUCUAUAAUGAAGUGAUGGAGUAUGAAAACCGAGAUAAAAGUCAAGAGAAACAAAGUGCUAUGCAAAACCAUAAUGGUGAGAAUUCUUAAGCUGGCUUAGUUUGUAGAAUGAAAAGAUGGCGGGAAUAGUAUGGAGACAGGGGCAGUGAGUGUGGACACCAAUGCAACGAGAGUAGUAGGGGCAGCCUCAGCAACAAAUUCUCAGAACCAUCACUAAUAAUGGCUUUAGUUUGUAUAUAGAUUACAAAUCUUUCCUGGCCCACCCAACAUGUCCAUCCAUAUUUUUUAUUAUUUUUUAGGUUUAAACAUACUUUUUUUUCUUUGUAUUACUUCUGGUACUUUGGUCAUUGAUGUGAAGUCACAUGCACACGAUUUGUUUAAUGAAGGACUAAAAUACUGUUGGACAAGUCACUGUAUAGAAAAUCUUGCGUAACAUUUUAUUUAGAUAAAAAAGAACUAAUAAUUCUACCAAAGUAACCAGCACUCUAGUCAUACACUAUACAAAAGUGUAAACCUAAUUACUUUUCAAAGACUGUUUUUUUUUUUUACUUUAUGAAAUAUGGCUGAUCUUACCACUGCAACAUAGUUUGUAUGACUGAAAUAAUUACAAAGAAAACUGUCUUGACGUUUAGAAUAUAUUUUUUGUAGUCAUAAUGUAGCCUGCUUUAUCUUUAUUAAAUGGGGUCAAGAGGCUCAUGAGUUCAGACUUGCCACUAAUUGUAACAUUUUUCUUAUAUAUUGAUUUGCCUGAAAGCACUUCUAAAAAUGUGCAUGAAUACAUUUCUUUUAUCAAAAAAGUAUUUUUUAAAGGAAUUAAAACAAUUAGAAAUUGGUUUCUAAAAUUAUAAAGUGUAACUAACAUUGGUUCAAAUCUCAUUUUACUAUAUCAAGAAUUCUGAUAAUCAGACCUCCUUCACAUUAUCAACCUUUGCACUAAUGUAUUUAAAAGCUCAAAGCAUUUAUAAAAGCAAUAUGCAAACUUCUUUAGUUCAAAAUAAUUCUUGUAAUUUCAAUAUUUCUAAUAAUUUUACUUACUAAUUUUGUUAAGAUCUUUAAUUGAAUAAAACACUAUGUUAAAAUAAUGCUAGAAGGGGUUUCUUUUCCUUCGAUAUAAACUUGUUUUUAUAAUCAUCUUUUUUUUUUUAACGAGUAAAAAAAAUGACAUUUUAUAAUUUUUGUUUUCCUAACUAAAUUAUUCAGUGAUAAAAAAACUGUUUAAAACUUUUUUCUUACCUAAAGUAAUUCAGUGGUUAAAAUAACUGUUUAUAUUUUUUUUUCCUAACUAAAUUCAGUACUGGUACUUAAAAAAAACUUAUUCAAUUUUUUUAUUUUUUUUUUCGAUUUAAAGGCAAUAUUUUUUUUUUUUUUUGAACUCAAAAACUGGCUUUUUAAAAUAAUUUUAAACAAAAUUUAAAUGUAUAUUUGGCAUCCUGCCACACCUCAGGUGAAAAUAUUUAUAAAUAAAAAUUGGAAUUGUGUACAUUUUUAUUUUGGCUGUUUGUGUGUGUGUGCCUGCGUGUGCACUUUCUGGACUUACUACAUAUGUUUAGUUUCACUUGUUCAGAAAUAAUCAUUCAACCAAUCAGGUGCAGACUCCACUUAUUCCUGUACAUAGCAUUGCUUUGUGUAUGUGUGUCUGUGUUUCAUAAUAGAGUAAUUAUAUUUAGUGCAGGUGUAGUUGCUCUUGUGGAAUCUUUGUUUUGUUUCGCAGAAUAUGCUUUUUUUUUAAAUUUAGUUCCUUUGCUUUGCUAUUUAGUGUUUUAUUAAAAAGUUUUUCUUUAUCUAUGGAAAAACCUCAAAAAGUAAAAAAAAAAAUGAAAUUCCAAAAGAAAAAAAAAAACAAAGUAAAACUCAAAUGCAGUUUUGUAAAACAUGACAUUGUAUCAUUUUGUUUUCUAAGGAUUCUUUAUGAUGUAUAAUAAGGCUGGCUGUGCUAAAAUGGUUAUUCCCACUAUCAAUCUAAGAAUUUAUUUACAUAUGAAGGGACUUUGAGAUUGUUUGUAAAAGCAGUCCUAUUUAACUAUGUGAAAACAAUGAGGCUGUGUUCAUGUACAUUUCAGUUUCAAACUGUAAACAUUUGAGAAAGAGCUUAUGUUAUGUUUUAUUUUGUUACAAUCUACUCAUUAUAACUGGUUGUGCAUAGUUAUUUUCAAGCAUUACUUUUUUUCCCCUCCUUUUCUAGCUUUACUUUAAUCUUUUCUGUUGAAUCUCCAUUUUUGCUUGUUUGUUGUAAACUUCAUUUUCCUAAUGAUCACAUUAAAAUCUCCCACAUUUGAGUUUCAUCAUAACGUUGAGACUUAUUUCCACACAGUUCAAUAAGAUUCACUUCAAAAUAAACAGUCAUUUGACAAUAUAUAAUUUUAAUUAGUUAGCUUACAAAAGCUUUGUGGUGGGGAAAGUUAAAAUAACAUUUUUAUUGUACAUGUAGAUUUGCAGCAUCAACUUUUAAGACAAUAGUGGAUUUUUUUUUCUGUUGUUGACAAAAAUGUUAUCAGUUUUAUCAGCAAAGAAAACAAUUUUAUUCAGACCUAUGCUCCUAUAUGUUGUUUAUUGAUAUUUAUAUAUAUCUCAAUACUUGUUGGAUCUCAGAUCAAUAGAGUGUUUAUUUAUUUCAUUAUGCUGUUGUAAUGGGUUAAUUAUUCUAUUACUCUAUUAUAUUUGGAUUGUCUGCCAAAUAUUAAUGCUAGCUUUAGGUAAAUGUGAAUAUCAUUUCAUUCAUUUCACAGCUCAUUGAAAUUACUUUUGUCUUGUGUGGGCUUUAAACCAUACUUUAGAAUAAUUUACAAGUUUCCUUUUUAAAAAAAAAAGUCUUCACUAUAUUAUAUGUUAACCAGUGGUAUGAAACUCCAAUCUCACUGAAAGCUAUUGUGAUUAGAAGAAUGAUAUUUAAAGCCUAUGGCAAUACGUUGUUUUCAUUUAAAACUCACAGCCUUUGUUUCCCCUAAUACUUGAUUGUUUAAUCUUGAAUUUCAUUUACCACAUAAUUUGUAUACAUACAAAGGAAUUUUAAUUUAACUCUGACCUUUUUUUUUUUUCAAAAGAAAAUAAAUUAGUACUUUAAUUUUCUAAGAUUAAAAAAAUACUUAGUAUCUGUUUUCUCAAACUCAUUGUUACACUAAAUGUGUGGAACUGACAAAUGAAUGAUUUUUUAACUGCAUGUGAAAAGAUUUUGCCAGGAAAUCCAAACUUUGUCUCCUAAAAUAAACAACUUCUUUCAUAGUCAUUGAAAAUCAGGUUUCUCUGGAAAUAUUUUUCUUUUUCAGUUUUUAGCAUUUGUUAAAGUUUGUGAUCAAGCCCUGCAUAUUAAUGUAGAUUUUAGCCAUGAACACAUUUGUAAUGUGUUCCUAGAAAGGCUUCACUAAAAUCCUGAAUUGUUUGAAACGAUUUCACUUUUGAUGCCAUGGUUCUAGGGUGUUGUUUGUUACUUUUUCAUUAAUGAACUUCAUUUUUUAUCUGUCAUUUCAUAAAUUCUUGUAUGGGAUCUUUAAUUGUAUAAUGUACUUCCAUAAUUAUUUUUGACGACCAUGUUUUACAUACAGAACUCAGCUGACAGAGAGAUAGGGCAAACACUUGUUUUGAUAGAAAGAAACUGAAGUAUAUUUUGACAAAUGUAAAUUAAUUUACUUGCACAGUUUUAUAGACUAAAGGAAAUAAUUGUAUUGUACUGUGCACAUUUUACUUGAUAGUAUCAAUGACAAAGUCAUAACUGUGCUGUUUGUACAUUAUGUAUAGAGACAUAAGAUACAACAAUCUAUGUAUACAAACCUAUUGAUAUUCCUGUUGACAUUUAGUUGAGUACUGUUUGUCCUUACCAAGAACCACAGGUUAAUUUUUUUUAUGUAAGGCCAUACACUUUAAUACAGUUGAUAUAUCACUUGUAAUCUGAUGACUUGUGUUUACAGAUGUUAUUCUUUCUCUUCAUUUGAUUGUCUACAUCCUGGUAUUGUAAAAGUAUAGCAGGUCUCUGUCCCUCUUUACAUUGACAGUAAUUCUGAACCUGGGUUUUAUGUCUCAGAACUGUGUACAUAUUUCAUUAGUUUGAAUGUUAGUUUCCUCCUUUUCUUUUUUUUUCUUUUUUUUUUUUGACUGUGGUCCCAUCUUAGAAUUAAAUAUACUAUUUUAUUUUAGAAGUCUCUGUUUAUGUUCUAUUUCUGUUGAUUUAAUCGAUGAAGAUGACCCAGUAAAAAUGAUUUUUUAAAAACCAUAA